AUCAUUUUCGCGCCAAUGUAUUCGCCGGCGUAGGGAAAGAAUACUGUUUUUAAUAAAAAUAGGUUCGAUAUAAUGGCUAAAAGUCGUGCCAAAAUUAAUUCAAACGCUUCGUUCGACGCUUCAAUUAACUCAUCGUGUGAUACAGAUAUUUUAAACUAUUCACUAGUCGAAAAUUGUGUUGAUGCUGGCAGUACCAUCAAACUAAAAUUCAAACUAUCCAAAACUCAAGUACCGCUGCAGCCGGUUAAUCGGGACAUAAUGAAUCCAAGAUGCCAUUAUAAACCAGAAGAAGAACUUAUGAGUAUGGAUGACACUGAGGAAUCCUAUGAUGCACCUAGAAGAAGAAGCACCAGGCUUGUUCAAAUCAAAAAGACUGAAGCUGUGAGCAAAAAUGUCAACCUGAGGAGAUCAUUAAGAGUAAAUUCCAAAGUUGUAAAUAGUGAUUUUAAGUCACCAUGCAAAUCCCAUUUAUGGACUACAAACAUUGAUGAUUCUACCAGUGUCACACCAAAGAAGAUGAUGAAUAUUGGAUGUUCUGAAAUUAUGUCACCUAGUAAACUUAACUUUGAGAGUGUGUCAAUCUCCACACCUGUGUCAAAGAGAAAAGCAAAAGUGAGGAACUCCUCUCAAAGAGUGUCUACCAACAAUAAGCAAGUUCAUGAUGAGGUAGAAGAUUUGCUUGCACCUAUAAUUGAUGUUAACUUUGGCAUGACACCAAAGAAAAACAACACCAAGUCCACCCCUGUCAGCCAGCUCAAGAUGAUAAGAAAUGGUGACAUCACACCCACAAUGCACAGCAGGCUUCACAAAGUAGAGAAGGCAGGCACACCACUCAAUAUUGUAAGAGAAAAAUUGCAUGUGGCUUAUGUGCCCAAAGCAUUACCAUGCAGAGAGAAGGAAUAUGCUGACAUAUACAACUUUGUUGAAGGAAAAUUGAUGGAUGGAUGUGGAGGCUGCAUGUAUAUAUCUGGAGUGCCAGGCACCGGUAAGACCGCCACUGUAUCCGAGGUAAUACGCCAGUUACAAACCGCUUCAAAACGGCAUGUUGUGCCGGAAUUUAGCUACGUAAGCGUCAAUGGAAUGCGACUAACUGAGCCGCGACAGGCCUACGUUGAGAUUCUGCGGCAACUCGGCGGGAAGAUUCACGCUUGGGAACAGGCGCACGCCUCCCUGGAAGCCAGGUUUACCAAGGCCAAGAAAAAAUCCGAAUUGCCGAUUGUUUUGCUAGUUGACGAAUUGGACAUUCUUUGUACGCGCCGACAAGAUGUCGUUUAUAAUUUACUGGAUUGGCCCACGAAAGCCAAGUCGCAACUGAUCGUGGUCACCAUCGCGAAUACCAUGGAUCUGCCUGAAAGACUUCUGAUGGGCCGGGUUACCAGUCGUCUGGGCUUGACCCGUCUUACAUUUCAAGCUUACACCCAUAAACAGCUGCAGGAGAUAGUCAUGAAGCGCCUGCUUGGUACGAAUGCAUUCAACCCGGACGCAGUGCAGUUGGUUGCACGAAAAGUUGCGUCUGUUUCAGGCGAUGCGCGCCGAGCUUUAGAUAUUUGCCGGCGUGCUGUAGAAGUCGCGGAAAUGGAAGGCGAUGAUGUGCUGGUUGCAAUGCAACACGUGGACGAAGCGCUUAAUUCUAUGAUAACGCAGCCGAAAGUCCGCGCAAUUAAACGCUGCUCACGGUUGGAGCAGCUCGUAUUGCAGGCGAUCGUUGCUGAAGUUGAGCGCACCGGUGUAGACGAGACAACAUUUGCAGAUGUACACACGAUGCUCACUUCGGUAGCCGCAAUAGAUGGAUUCCGCAUGGUUUCGUCCACUCUGACUCUAGCUGCCGUCAAGUAUUUAUGCGCGUGUCGUCUACUGUUGAGCGAUCCAAAGUCGUCAGACUUAAAUCAACGAAUUAUCCUUAAUGUUAGCGCUGAUGAUAUUCAUUAUGCACUUAGGAAAGAUUAAUGUUUAUAACGCUUGUUUAAUUUUUUUCUACUUGCUGCAAAAAUAAAAUAAACGGAAAAAUUUCAAAUAA